AUGGGAGGUCAGCCCAUAGUGAUACUGUCGUCGAUCAAAGUAGCACAGGACCUGAUCUCCAAGCGAGGGUCCAAGUACGCGGACCGCCCCCGACUCAUAGUCGCGAAAUUAGCUACCAGGGGCAUGAAUAUUAUGCUUCGAAGCCAUGACGAGACAUUUCGGCUGCACCAGAGAUUGCAAGCACCUCACCUGGCACGGCGGGCCGCCAAGACCUACCUGCCGGUGCAGGACUUGGAAUCGAAGCAGCUGUUAUUCAACCUCAUGACCCAGGGUGAGUCCGACGAGGGAGUCGACUUUCACCACGAGUUCGAGCGGACGACGGCCAGUAUCAUCUACGCGCUCAUCUACGAACCGUUCGUGAAGAUGCUCCAGGUCGGCGCAUACCUCGUCGACAGCUUCCCCUCGCUGCAUGACCUACCACUUCCCGGCUUUCUGACCCCCUGGAAGAGAGACAGGGAGGAGAAUUUCCAGGCGCAGCUCAAGCUACAUGUCGCAAACAUGCAGCACGGGCUCGAGAACCCCGCGACGUGGAACUUCACCAAAGAGUUUGAGAAGAGCCCCGAGCGCGGACAGUUGUCCACCGAGGAGGUCGCCUUCGACCUGGGGAUCCUCGCCGACGCGGCGCUGGACACGACUACCAUGACCCUGGAUUGGUUCGUCGUGGCAUGGAUUACACAGCAGGACACGGGCUUCGUGGCCAAGGCGCAGCAGGCCCUCGAUGAUGUGGUCGGGCGCAACCGCUUGCCAUCGGCCGCGGACAGGGCCAGACUUCCGUACAUAGACGCGAUGGUGGAGGAGAUCCUGCGGUGGCGGCCCAUCGUGGGCACCGGUGUGGCCCACGCCGUGCGCACAGAGGACGAUUAUGAUGGCUACCGAAUCCCAGCCGGUUCCAUCGUGCUGAUCAACCACUGGGCUCUGUGCCGCGACGCGGCAUUCGGCGAAAGAGUGGAGGACUUCGUGCCGGAGUGGUGGAUCGUCGACGGGGAGGUCAAAGACUAUUUCGGGUCGCCCGUGUUAGGGUACGGGCGACGGAUAUGCCCUGGCCGACACAUCGCGCGGAACAGCCGGAGGUUCGCUGUCCUCCCCAACGCUGGAACUGAUUCUCUGCUCACGAAGCCUUUGCCGUUCAACGCGUAG